AUGGAUAGUAGCAUCAAGGAGUUUAUGAGGUUGAACCCCCUUACUUUUGAGGGAGGACUUGAUUCGGUGAUUGCAGGGAACUGGGUUCAGCCGAUAGAAGAGAUAUUGGAGGUACUCGGCUAUACGAACAAAAAGGAAAAGAUUGAAGAAUUUACUAAUCUGACACAGGGGAAUAUGACAAUCGGAGAAUAUGCAGCCAAGUUUGUUGAAUUGUCACAUUUUGUUCUAUUCUUGAUUCUGAAUGAGGUAAGGAAGGCCAAGAAAUUUGAUAAAUGCCUGAGGCGCAGAAUUUAUGAGCUAGUGGUGGGGUUUCAAGUUCAAAAUUUCUUAAAUUUAGUUGAUAAGCUUUCGGUGCUGAAGAAGAGCAUCCAGAGCAGCACAAAACCUACAGAGCAGAAGAAGAGACUUGCACCAUCCACUUUUCAAGCUAUGGUCAGUCGGGGCUCAGGGAAGAAAGGAAAAGAUUCAGUGCUUUCCAGUUAUCAGGAUAGUCAGUCUUACCUCAUAUGUCAGACAUGUAAUAAGAAGCACAUGGGUGAAUGCUGGUUUCGGACUCCUAUUUGUUUCAGGAUGGAUCCUAAAGAUAAGGAUGUAGAGGCAGAAGAAAGGGAUGAUUUGGAGACUUCCAAUGAAGAGGAAAUUGAUACCUCUAUGAUGUUGAUGGGUAUAUCCUGA